AUGUCUUCCUCGCCGGGUAACCAGCUCCUUCGCGAAGAACAGACCAAAGAGCUAAUCCAAGCGACAGUCGACCGGCUCAGCACUGUGGGUACCUGGGUCAACCGCCGGGCCCGCUUCAAUGUCGAUUUCUGCAAGAUCCGGCAGCUCGGCGUCGGCGGUGAGGGCAGCGUUUCCGCCAUGGUGCACAAGCCGACCGGCACCCUCUACGCUGUCAAGACGGUCAAGCAGCGUUACGGGCCCGCCAUGACGCCCCUCCCCCACAACGAAGUCCGGAUCCUCUCCCUCCUCAUGAACGUCGGCGAGGGUAAGGGCCUCGACAACAUCUGCAAACCUGCCGACGACAGCAUGUGGUACCCGUGCACGCCCGAGUUCACCACCCAAGCCAUCGUGCUGGAGUACUGCGAGCUGGGCUCGCUCCACGACUACAUGAGCAACGACUGCUGGAUCGACGCCGAUCCGGACUCCGGCAUCAACGAGACCGGAUGGCGGAUCCCGCACGAGGGCCUGCUGCGCCACCUCUACACGCAGAUGCUGGCCGGCCUGGCCUUCCUGCACAACGGCUACGGCACCACGGCGUUCGGCGGCCCCGGCAGGCCGCCCAUCGGCCGCCCGCCCAUCAUCCACCGCGACCUCAAGCCCGAAAACGUCCUCGUCUGCCCCGCGAAGCCGGGCGACCACCCGGCGCUGCUGACGGUCAAGCUGUCCGACUUUGGCGGCGCGGCCGAGGUCGGCGCUUUCCCCCGCGCGCGUGCCCUGGACGACGGGCUGUACUUCUUCACGACGGGCUACUUUGCCCCCGAGUUCCUGGAGCCCGGCGUCUCGCGCAGCUCGGCGAACAUGGCCAACGACGUCUUUUCCAUAGGUGCGACCAUGUACUUCUGCAUCUACGGCGCCGCCCCCUUCGUCAGGGAUCCGGAGCGGAACGUCAUGCACCUCAGGCGCAGGGACAUGAGGAAGCAGACGCACCGCGGCGGUGAAGCCUUGUCCCACGACUUUGCCAUCUGCGUCUGCAACGCGGUGACGUUCGCGCAGAACCGCAAGGAUGCCAUGACCAUCUUGGAGAGGGUGCGCCGGGACAGUCCGAGGUACAAGCAGGAGUUCAUCGAGUGGAUGGACGAGAUCGAGGGCCCGCGGAUCGCGAAAGAGGAGCAGGAGGCCUGCGAGAGGGAGGCCCGCGAGGCGGAAAAGUGGGAGAAGCUGGAGCGCGACGCGGUGAAGGUGCUGCCGCUCAUGUGCUUCGACCCCCUGUGCUGUGAUGUGCUGCUUCCGCACACGCAUCGCUGCCGGGAUGCGGAGCAGUGCUACCUGGCCAAUGUUGAGGGGCACUCGCACAUUCUGUUUGCGCUGCAAGACACGUGGGCGGAUAUCAGGACGCAUCUCGUGACCGACUUGGAUGUGGUCCCGCUGGAGGAGAUCAAGAGGGCCCUACUCUUCAUUGAGCUGAAGGCAGAAGCCAUGGAUCUCUUGAAUGGUGAGGCUGAGGAUGAGGACAUGGCAGAGGUCCCUGAUGUGCCUGAACAGCCUUGGUGGUGA